UAUGCUUUAAGCAUAGCUGAACGUGUUUUAAAACGUAUUUGAAUUAAAUGCACGUUUCAACUCACCAAAAAAUUCAUUUUUCAUCAGUUGUAAUAUAUAUGACAAACUUAAAAAGGAUUUCAAAUUAGUUAUCACCAAGAAUCAGUAAUCAAGCUAUUUUAUAUAAUAAAAAAAGAUCUCAAAUAAAUUUUUUUACAAAAAUAGCUAAUAUUGAAUUACACUGAUCAGAAACAGAGAAAUUAAUUUUUUCACUGAAGACGUGUGUGAUCAAGAAUGUCAACAAAAACAACAACAACAACAUCAACAACUGCAAAUGACCUCUGUGAUCCUUCAGUGGCGCAGCAUUACAAAGGUCACAAGGAUGCUAUCACAGCCGUUGAUUUCAACCCGAACUCCAGACAACUGGCAUCGUCCUCUCUGGACGGGACCAUCAUGGUGUGGAACUUCAAGUCCCCCCAGGCGAGAGUGUUUCGCUUUUCGGGACACACAGACGGGGUGACGAGUGUCUGUUUUAGCCCCACCGGACACUUGGUGGGGAGUGGGUCACGUGACAGGAGUGUGAGACUGUGGGUGCCCAGUAUUAAGGGGGAGAACAACGCCUUCAAAGCUCACUCGGCAACUGUGAGGUCAGUUGACUUUUCUUCUGAUGGAGAGUUCAUAGCGACUGCCUCUGACGACAAGAGUGUGAAGAUAUGGUCAGUUCACAGACAGAAGUUUCAGUUCUCUCUCAAUCAACACACCAACUGGGUCCGUGCAGCGCGAUUCGCCCCCGACUCCAGCCUGAUAGCUUCGUGUGGCGAUGACAAGUCGACCAAAAUCUGGGACAUCCGAACGAAAGAGUGUGUUCACACGUUCUACGACAACGAAGCCUCCAUGCACGAUGUCAGGUUCCACCCGUCUGGUACUUGUAUUGCCACUGGAUUAUCAAGUGGGGGCAUCAAAUUGUGGGAUUGCAGGGUGAAUAGAUUACUACAAAGCUACCACAGCCACGAGUCCUGCGUGAACUCUCUUCAUUUCCACCCCCGCCAGGGAGAUGUCCUCUUAUCAGCCAGCAGUGACUGCACGGUCAAGAUACACGACCUAAAAGAGGGCAGGUUAAUCUACACUUUACACGGUCAUCAACCACACGCAGCCACUGCAGUUGCAUUCACGAAGACAGGCGACCAAUUCGCAUCGGCUGGAUCAGACAACCAGAUACUCAUAUGGGAUACAAACUUCACAGAGCCAACCGAACAGCUGAGAGAUGUUUUCUCAGCCGAGUCAAAAAGUAAGAAGACAAUUAAGCGAAAAAUUGACCAGCCGAAACUGCCACGAAGCUUGCCAAGGAGUGAAAACAACUUCGGAAACGAAAACAGUUCACACUUGCAGAUGUCUUCAAAUGGAAUGAGCGAAAGCUUUAUGGGACGAUCGACUUUCCAACCAAUUCAGAGCACUACGAAUACUGACAUCACAUAUACGUCACUACGCUCUCACACCAAUCCCAUUCUAGAAAGUUCUAGAACAAUUCACACUGCUACUGAUUGUGUUCACCCAACCGAAUUUUCUCAACAAGCCGAAAUCUUAGAGCCAUCCGCUGUCGAGUCAGUAAUUUCACAGCCUGUAAUAACGAAAGAAGGACAGAACUCUGCAAAGUCGAAAGAAGACAAUUUGAGAAUCAUGGAAAAAUUGGAGAUGAUUACAAAUCAAAUGGACAUUUUGACACAAACUGUCGCCAUAAUCGAGCAAAGGUUGACCAAUACUGAAGACAAACUGAACUAUUUGAUGACUAGCAAAACUGCACAGAUAGAGAAAAAUGACGAGCAAAAGGCAAAUAAUGAUGUUAACAAUUAGUUAAUUAAAUGAAUAAUUAACUAAAUAAUUUUUUUCUACACGGGCUGAUUUGCUUCACUGCCAGGGUUGACCGAAAGUUGCAAAUCAUACAAUUUUCGUGAUCUAUGACCCGCAGUGACAAAAUGGAUAAAAUCAAUUAAAAACAGAAAAAUG